UUUUAUGGCUUCACGUGUUGACCAUGGCUAUUGAGUGUAAACCACUAAAUUGGCUUUAUCAUUCUUCCAUAUAUUCACUUUGCUCCAGAUAUCUCAAAUAAGCCGGUUAGCUGUCUACAGAUAGCCUGUUUUCGAUUUCAAAGGGAUCCUAAACCAAACUGCUUUCACAAUAUCGGCUAUUUUAGUUUUUCUACGUGUUUGCGAAUAUACACAAUUUGUUUUGUUGUGGUUUAAACCCGUAUUAUGAAUCAUUAGUAACCAUUUUUCUCUUCGGCAGAUGUUAAAUGUUUAAAACACUUUUACAUUUUUGUGAAAUUGUAACUUUAACAACUGAGACUAGGGGUGUUUUCUAUUGGAAGAUGCACAGACAAGAGCGGUUGAAGAACACUGGGAGCCGUGUCAUAAAUGUGCCAUAAUAUUGCUUUAAAUUGUUUUUUGUCCAUUUUAAUUAAAGCCGAAUGAAAAGGGGAAUGCCAACGAAUAACAAUACCUAUGAGUCAUCCAUUGUGACUCAUGUAUGUUGAUCGAAAAGCACAUGUAAUGUUAAAUCCCCUCUUUUGUGAAUGGAGUACGUCACUGAGAUGAGCUAGACUGACUCUCAUCUCUUCCCCCAGGAGGCUCUGCUUCCCAGCCCCUUUGUUCAGUGUAGCCGGUGGGUUGAGUCACAAGGAGGCUGUGCUAACAGGGGAACACCGACAAGAGUGGGAAGAGGCCGAAAAAAUAGCAAAUAUUAUCCGGCAAUGCAGACUUCAACGCGUUUUUAAUAAAAGCCACACAACAGAAAAGUUGUUUUUGGGUGUUGCUGAUGCUGCGUUUCUAUUCGGGUCUUGCAUGUCAGUGUUCGGAUACCAAAACCAGCGAAAUUCGUCGAUAAUUUUUUGCGCUUUUACCUAUGCUUCUGGGUGGAUAAUGAGCCGAUACUGCUAAGCCAUCACCGGUAUAUUGCUGACACCAUCAUCCACGCCGACUCUCCCUUUCAGUUUCUGCUCAGCAUCCAUAUUUGCAUCCCAGGGAGUGGCUGCCACUAAUCCCCCUCUCCUGGUGAGAACAUUGAAAGUUGGCCGGCUGUCGGACACCCCCUUUGGACACUGUAAUUUCCACAUAAAGAGCUAACCAUGGAGAGCGACAGCCCCCACUCCCUCAUCUAGUGCCCGCUGUACCGCCUUCCUCCCUGGGGAGCCGCUCUCAGGUCCUCCCUCUCCUGCAGAAUGAACAUGUUGAAGUCCAGCGGGCUGAAGAUCCCUGGCCGCGGGCCCAAACACGCCAGCCCCUCACCGGGGGGGCCAGGAAGAACCUCCAGCCCAGUGCCCCCGAAAGACAAUACUCCCCUGAAGCCCACCACACCCACUAAAAUCACCGAAGAGGGCGAUGAAGUCCUGGGGGACUACACGGUGGGAGAGACGGUGUGGGUGAACGGAGUGAAGCUGGGAGUCAUCGCGUACCUCGGGGAGACCCAGUUCGCCCCGGGACAGUGGGCCGGCGUGAUCCUCAACGACCUGGUGGGCAAGAACGACGGGUCGGUGGGCGGCGUGCGGUACUUCGAGUGCCAGGCUCUGCAGGGCAUCUUCACCAGACCCUCCAAACUGAACCGGCAGCAGGCGGGCGAGGGCAGCGACAGCCACUCCAUCGACUCCCAGAACCAGGGGGGCAACGGCGUGCCCCCCCCCAGCCAGAGGGUGGUGGUGAUGCCCCUGAGGGAGGGGCUGCUCAACAGCACCAUAAGGACGGGGAACGAGUCGGGGUCCAACAUGUCCGACAGCGGCUCCGUGAAGAAAGGAGGCGAUAAAGAUCUGAGGGUCGGAGAUCGAGUUCUGGUGGGGGGCUCUAAGAUGGGAGUCAUUCGCUACAUGGGGGAGACAGACUUUGCCAAGGGGGAGUGGUGCGGGGUGGAGCUGGACGAGCCUCUGGGGAAGAACGACGGGGCAGUGGCUGGCACAAGAUACUUCCAGUGUUUCCACAAGUUCGGCCUGUUCGCUCCGAUCCACAAAGUGAUCCGGAUCGGUUUCCCCUCCACCUCUCCAGCGAAGGCUAAGAAGAGCAAGCGGAUGGCGAUGGGCGUCUCCUCUCUGGCCCACAGCCCCAGCAGCUCCUCCAUCAGCUCCGUCAGCUCCGUGGCCUCGUCUGUGGGCGGACGGCCCAGUCGCACCGGCCUGCUGACGGAGACGUCGUCCCGUUACGCCCGUAAGAUCUCGGGCACCACGGCGCUGCAGGAGGCUCUGAAGGAGAAGCAGCAGCACAUCGAGCAGCUGCUGGCGGAGAGAGACUCUGAGCGGGCGGAGAUGGCCAAAGCCACCACCCACAUCCAGGAGGUGGAGAAGGAGCUGAGCAGCUUCAAGGUGCAGCAUGUCACGUUUGUGUCGGAGAACGAUAGCGCCCUGCAGCAAAUCAAAACUCUGCUGACCAGCACGCAGAAAGACAAACUGGAACUGACCAAUCAGCUCGAAGAAGAGAAAAGGAAAGUGGAAGACCUCCAGUUCAGAGUAGAGGAGGAAUGCAUCACCAAAGGAGACCUGGAGACUCAGAGGAAAAUGGAGCGUGCCCACAUUCGUCAGCUUGAGCAGAGUCUGCUCCUCGAAAAGUCGAGAGCAGAGGGGCUUCACAAAGACGUAGAGAAGAGGAGGCAAACCACGGUUGAGGAGCAGAGUCGCAUCGUGCAGCUGGAGGAGGAGCUGAGCCUCCGGAGGGCGGAGAUGGAGAACCUGCAGGUGAAGCUCCGAGGGUCCGACUCCCAGCAGGAGGACGGUGACGAGGCCCCGGGGUCCGAGCCCGAGACCCUCAUCCUGCGAGUACAGCUGGCCUCUGCGGGCCGCGAGCACAACAAGGAGAGCAGCGAGCUGAGGGAGAAGCACGAGGCGGAGCUAGAGGAGAGGCGGCAGGAGGUCGCUGAGCUGAGGGCCGAGCUGGAGAACAAGAGCCGGGAGCUGAGCGAGGUGAAGCUGAAGGUCCAGGACGCAAACAGGGAGAACGUGCAGAUGAUGGACACCUGGAAGGAUAAAUUUGACUCCUUGGUGGUCCAGCACCAGCGUUCCCUGGAGGACCUGAAGGCCUCUCUGUCCGGGGAUCACCCCGCGGCAGGAGGCCCCGAGCAGGCCUCUCUGGAGAGCCUGAAGACGGAGCACCAGCUGGAGGUGGAGAACCUGAAGGCCAAACACAAGAUCGAAGCAGCCAUCCUCACCAAGGAGCGCGAAGACUUCUGCACCCGCCUGGCGGAGGCCAAAGAGCAGCUGGACAAGGGGAGCCAGAGCUGGAGGAGCGAGGCGGAGGCCAAGAGCAGCAGGAAGGCCCUGGAGGAGGCCGGAGAGAAGCUGCAGAGGGCGGAGCGACGGCUGGCCGAGGUGGAGAAGAUCCACAUGGAGAAGGACAGGAACUCAGAGGAGCUGAGAGAGAGGCUGGAGCUGUCGGAGAAGAAGAUGAGCGACUACCAGGCGCUGCAGAACGCCCAGGCCGAGAGCCAGCAGGAGAUCCAGAAGCUGGAGGAGCAGCUGAGGGUGACGGCCAAUCAGCUGCAGGCAACGCAGGCCGACCGCUACACCUCCAACGAUGCUAACGUGAUAGAGGACAACGACAUUACAGAAGAAAAGAUGAAGCUAAAACAGAAUGUCGAAGAAACGAUGGAGAAGUUGAUGAAGAGGGAGAAAGAGGUGACGACCCUCACUUCCCAGGUGGAAGGCCUCAAAUCCCAGAUCGGAGCUCUGGAGGGGAAGGUGCGCUCCGGAGAGAAGAAAGCCGAGGCUCUGGCGAGGGAGAAUGUGCGCGUGGAGUCGGAGCUGGAGUCCAUGACCAAGAAGUCCCAUGAUGCAUCUGGGCAGCUGGUCAAUAUCAGCCAGGAGCUGCUGAAGAAAGAGAGGAGUCUGAAUGAACUGCGGGUGUUACUCCUGGAGUCUCAUCGCCACUCGCGGGACAUGGAGAAAGAUAUGACCCGUGAAGUGCACAAGGCCGAGUGGAAGGUGAAGGAGCAGAAACUUCAGGAGGACAUCAAGACCCUGCGCGAGAAACUGCUUCUGCUGGGUCGGGAGCGGUCCUCCCCGGACCACCGGCGGCACUCCAUGCUGGACCCCUCGAUGCUGGACUCGGAGAUGAGCCGGCUCCGGCAGCGGCUGCUCGGCACAGAGGACGCCCUGCGGGGGGCCAUGGAGCACAACCAGCAGGUGGACCAGCUGGUGCUGGCCAUGCGCAGACACCCCGAGAAAAGCCCGGUGCAUGGUGUAAACUCAGCCAAUGGGAUUCAUCAUCAGGAGUCCGGCAGUACUCGAGAUGAGCAACACUGAUAUGAGCAGAAGAGAUCAGAUUGAACUGGGACAUCUUAAAGAAAAAGCUGGUCCAACGUUUCCUCCUGACAUUACAUUACACAUUACUCGUUAGACGCUUUUAUCCAAAGCGACUUACAUACUCAACACUGUGGGCAAUCCCCACAGGAGCAACUGGGGGUGAAGUGUCUCAGGGACACAACGACAUGCUGACUGCAGUGGGGUUUGAACCUGUGACCAUCUGAUCCCCAGACCAUGCUCUAUCCUCUGCGCCACACGCCUCCCUGACCCUUCGAUGGACGCCUGAUGAAGAUUUCAGUUUACACUCCAAACCAAAACAGCGAAUCUCCAUCUCCAGUGAUUUUAUGUGUUGUUGCAGAAAGCACCUAUUAGCCAAUCAUGAAGACCGCUUAAAGUACUAUAAAAUAUAAACAGGUAAUGGGACAUGAAGAGAUAUUAUCGGUACAAACUCUGUGACAAUUCCUAAUUUUGAACCGGAAGGCAAAACGGCUGAUGGACAACGACGUGAAGAACUGAAGAUCUGUUUGUUUUAUUUAUUGCUUUUACUUUGAUUUCAUCCUGUAUGAGUGAGCUGUUUUGGCCAGUGGUACUCAGAGCAAUGGCUGGCUUUUAUUUUAGGGAGUUUGGCUCAUUUGUCACUUUACUUCAUAUCUAAUGAGAAGUGUUAGAAACCUCAUUACGGUCAGCUCUGUCCAGUGUUCACGCUGCCGCUUUAGUGUACAAUAUGAUCAAUAACUGUGGAAUUAAAAAGGAUUGUUCAAGUAAUACUCCACCCCCA